AUGUCACCGCUACCAGUCGGCAAACUGUUCGACAAGCUGCGAAGCUACUAUGUAAAGGAUAACGUGGUAGCACCUAUGAUCUCGCAGCAAACCGCGCUGCUGUGCGCCCUGGCAUAUACCGUCGUCUACGUUGCGCCAUUCUAUCUCUCGCCGACUCUGCGCAGCACGCCUUUGCAAUCUCGCAAUGCACCGAGCGUUAUCCGGGCUCGUGUUCGUGCUGUCGCACUUACAUGUCUGAUCAGCACUGUGGGCACAUCCUAUAUCCUGGUCAAGUAUGGUCGUGCCACGGCUUGGGAUGUCCUUCGAUUUCUGGGCGUCUGGCCGGUCGAUCCCUUAGACAUUGCGAAAGUGCUUGGAUUGGUAGUGAUUUUGUUCGUGGGGCCAUUGUACGAGAGCAUACUCAUUGAUGGUAGUUGGCGACGUUGGUCGAUCUCGUCUUUGAAGGAAAGCCUCUACGAUGACUGGACAGGCUACCGCAACCUCGUCAUUGCACCGGCGAGUGAAGAGCUGGUCUUUCGUGCCUUGACUAUCUCUCUAUACCUGCUUGCGAAAGUCGACCCCGUCCGCGUCAUCUUCAUCACCCCACUCAUCUUCGGCCUAGCUCACGUCCAUCAUCUUGUCGAGUUUCUUCAAUCACAUACGCCUCAAGGCCGUACAUUGCCCCCACUUUCGAUCUGGAUCAAUGGCAUCCUGCGUUCGACUUUCCAGUUCGCUUAUACCUCCAUCUUCGGCUUCUUCGCCGCCUUCGUCUUCUUACGAACUGGAAACCUGUGGGCAUGCAUCGUGGCGCAUAGUUUCUGCAACUGGCAAGGCUUGCCUCGUCUCUACGGCAGGGUUGGACGAUUCGCCGAUACGUACGAGGCUCAUAUUACUCCUGAUGUGGCACAAGGAAAGCGUGAUGAAGAUGCAGAAAGUUCAUCUCGUCAAAAAAAUGGGCUGUUAUCACAGGAGAAGGAGAAAUCGUUCGAGACAGCUACAGCACAGGUCAUAACAGAUGGGCCACGGAGUCUGGGCAUUGGGUGGACGGUGAUGUAUUAUGUGCUCAUCUGUGCGGGGGCCUAUGGCUUCUACCUGCAACUGUGGCCUCUCACGUCGUCUAGAAACGCUCUGGCGACCUUUUCACCAGCGAAGUAG